UACAACUGACGAAAGCUAUGCUUCGACAGAGGUUUGAUUUGUUCGUUGUUCAAAGUAAAACCCUCAACUUACAGUCGAUCAAUGUUUUCUUUUCUUUCAGUUACUAUAUUUAUCAGAAAGAUCACUUAUUAGAGGCUCGUUUCAAUUCGGAAAUUAAACUCAUUGUGUCCAAAAACCGCGAUAAUUUUGGCAGAGCUGUGUUAUUAAGUAUCAUUGUAUCCCUUGCCUGAAGCUAAAAGUUGACAGAACUAAUUAAUCCUGCAUUUUAAACUUGUUAAUUAUUUUCUCUUUGUAGUCAGUAAACCGCCACCAUCAUGCACAAGGUUCCGCAUUGUUAAGCACAGUUUGGAAUAGCUUCUCUCGUGUUUUUGUGUUGCUUGGGAAUUUGUAUCUUAUCACCGGACUUGAAUCCACUCCUCGGAGACGACGCGUUCAAUUUCAAAAAUAUCAGAUCUCCGGCGAAAUCAGCAGGCAAACUUUCGUCAAGUGCUAGAUUGAAUUCUAAUCGUAUUUUCAGCUCUUGUAAUUUCUCCUCACACCAGUUCCUUGCAUACCAAACGAUUUGCUCUGAUGAGAGAUUGUUUUAAAACUUAACCGGCUUACCAUAUUAAUGUUCAAAGUAGCUGGGAAAAAAUUGAACCAUUUUGAAAUGACGCCGACGGAUUACUCUUUGUGCCCUCUUAGCGUAGCCGAACAACGAUUCUCCUUAUUCUAGCAACUCCUGCAUAAAUCAAGUCAAAAAAGGGAUCUCGGUGAAAAAAACUUGUUUCUUUUUCUAGGUCGUUUUCGUUUGUGACUGUGUAAGCGAGUAGUUAAUAGUAAAGUUAAUGGCAGCAUUCACGUUUUAAAAACGUGCCUCUAGCGAAAACACACCUUCGACCCCAUCUGUUGACCGAUGACUUGAAUUUAGCUCCAUGUCAAAGUCAGUGGUUUACAUUACCAUCAGUAUUCCCGCUAAUGAGGACGCUGGAUUAUUUUUUUAGGGAAAAGAAAAACAAGGUAUUAAAAGUAACCAGCUCUCUUUGGUUAUUUAACGUUUUUUUUUUUUUGGCUAUUAUGUGCAAAUGUCGUCAGUAGUUACAGAACUUGUUUGAACUCCCAGCAAACUAACAGUGAAUAAACGAAAUAGAUGAAAAGAUGAGUACCAACAAGGUAUUGACUGAUAGGACGGUUUUUAGUAUUUUUGAACAGGUUUUAGAUGGCGUAGAAAAUGCCGAGGAUAUCCCACAAGAAAACAACUAAAACAGAAAGAUUAAAAUUAUGAAGUGGUAUAUGACAUGGAAAAUGCCGAGGAUAUCCCACAAAAAAACAACCAAAAAGAAAGAUUAAAAUUAUGAAGUGGUAUAUGACAUGUGAGAUAUGUAAAAAAAUAACUUUCCCACGGGACGCAGGGUGCGUUCAGAUUGCCUAUUUUGCUUUUGCGUGUUGUGUAGCUUGAAAUCACUGUCGCUUUUUCAUCGCGUGUAUUUUUCUCAACGUAUGCUUUCUGAAAAGAUGUUUUAAGGGGGGCGGGAUUUAUUCUUGAAGGCCGCGCGCGCUAACUCGUGCGCCUUACUGCACGUGUCGCGCAGAAAAAAAAAAAACUAUUGUUAUUUUAAACGAGGCGACUCUGGUUUCUGCUUCUGAAUUAGUGUUGCUACUAUUGUUACAGUGAGAUGCCUUGGGCUAAUAAACGGUUUUUGGUUCAUGUCAGCUAGACAUGCCCUUCUCUUAGACAUAACAAGUGUUGUUUUUCAUUUCAGAGAUGAAAUUGGGAUAUGCGGGGCUUUGAUGUCGUCAAUUUACCAGACUGCAUCAAAGAACCGUGUUGUUUUCAACUGCAGGGCUCUAAUUUUUUUUUUAGGUAGUGUUAUCAGCUUUGGUUUCAUUUUAUUACAGCGGUAAGAACGAUUUAUGAAGUAACUCGCUCGUAUAAAUAACAAACAAACAAGAACAGCGAAAAUUGACGACUUAUAAAGCAUUGAGCGGCAGUUUUCUAUGCUGAAAUGUAAAACAUUAGUCUUACAGGGCAUUUCAGUUGCCGUUUAGAAUUUACUGUUAUCACCCAUUGGUGUCAGAAAAGAACUUAGGAAGCUUAAACUCGACGACAAUAGCCAAAACACGCUUGUUAAAGACAAAGUUUCAUGAGUAGUACAAUGGUUCUGCACGUGGGUUGUCCGUCAUCUUGGUUCGUUCAUCCUUCACUUAGAUAAAUAAACUGAAUUGAACAAUGGCUAUAUUCUUGAAAAAUACACCAAUUGACCGUGUUCGGAUCAACAAGUAAUAGUGGAGUCAUUUAGUUCAGCGUGUUGUCAGCCUAGGCCGUCCGCGCUUUUGUUGUUCAACAGUUGUAAACCCGUCGCAGAAGGAGACAACUGAAUGAGAUCUUCAUCUUGCAGACAGCCAUUAGCAAGACAAACGAUAAGGAUUGGGAUAUGACGCGUUGACCUAACGACCCCGUUUUAUGUCGAGAAAAGUGGUACACCCUUCGAGCUAACGCGAGAGCGUGGAGGUCGCAAAUCGCGCAUCGUGCGCGACAGCUCGCGCGGAUCCCUCCCUUUGCGGCACUCCCGCGAUCAGAGUGUGAAAAAUGGGCGUUUCAUUACUUGUCAAGAAUACUCCACCGAGACAUUCUGCGGUAAAAUAAUAGCUUGGUGAUAUUGUUUUAAGGCUCAAACCGCCGAGGCCGCAGUCUAAUCACCAUGCUGUUAUGUUAAGCUGUGUGAUACUGGCUUAUAAUAACCAAAAUAGAUUAGCGAACCUUAAGUUCGGCUUGAAAUCAUUUGUCUUCCCUGCGGGCACGGAAGCAGCCACGUCGUUAACGCUAGAGCCAGGGAAAUAUCGUGUUCCGCUUUCGGAUAUUAAUCUCUGCUAGUUCUUGUUUUAGAGAAGUUGACCGAAAUCAUUUGGUUAUGCCUGUGCGCGUCUGAUACCCUUAAACUAUAUUCAAGGCUUGACUCGCCUUAAAAUAACAAAACUUGAAGAUCACUGUUAACCUGAGUUGGGAUUAUUCUUGUAGAUGUACAGCUAGCUGGGUGACUCACCCACUUCGGCUGAAUUUCUAGUAUUCCUUUCCUCUUUCCGCCUCUUUUUCCGUCUCCGUCACCCUUCCCCUUUUACACUGCAACGCAAGGUAGUAUUUGCACAACUUUUUUACUCUUGUGUUUCUGUGAGGAAAAAAUACACCAUGUAUUGUACACAAGGUUACGGUAGAGUUGGUUUGCUGCGGAAACUGUCUCUUUCUACUAUAAACUGGCUGGAAGUUUUAAAUUAAUUGUUUGAUUUUAGCAGCAUUUUCACGCGUUAACACCCUUAAACAAAUUUUAAUACGUCCUUCCUUCAGACAUUGGACAGUUCGAGGCCGCGCGGAAACAGCCUGAUUUCAAGCGGCAAGAUCAGUUGUCGGCGCGUUUCACACCACGCUGAACUCCAAAGAACGUACUCUUUGUUUUCUCACAGUUGUAAUAUAUUUGAUAUUUUUGGAUAAACGACCGUUCACUACUAGUUGUUUACAGGUGCCUUUUCCGGUACGAACCCUUUUCAGAGAAUUCAGCGAGCCCGCGCCCUUCUCGAGAGAUGCGUUGCUCGGCGACAUGGUGUCAUCGCAUGACGUCAGGCUGACGUGGAAACUUUCGGCGUGCUCGAGAGUGUUCGUGCACUCUUCUGAAUGGUUAGCUGCAGUCGCACUAUUCGGAAGUUUUCCGGGAGUUUUGGCGAGAGUAGGCGCCGAAAAAUGACGGUAACAUGUUUGCCAAUACGUUCGCCAACUGAAGUAUUUCUUUAGGUUUUAUUUCGUUGACAGAGUGGAUUUUUUUUAAAACUGAGAAGGAUACCUUGUUUUGUUUGGUGGCAGCUUAUGGUGUCUUCUACUAUUAAACACAAUGGGAACCUCGUGGAUUCAAUCAAACAUCUCUGUACAAAAGCUUCGCCGCUGUAAAUAUAAAUAUUGGUCUUGUGUAAAUACCAGUUUUGAUCCCUUUCAAUGCGUGGCGUAGUUUCUUUCUCGCCAGAGACUGUGGUAAAAAUGCUGUGUUUUUUUUAUACAACAUGAAAAUUGUUAUCCAUGUAUUAUUUAACACUUUUCGCGCGCUCUUAACACGCCAGUCUUCUCAUGUGUCUGUACGGAAAUGAGCUUUGUUGUUAAAUGCUAACUCGAUGAAAAGUCAUCUUGAUCCUAGUAAUAAGGUAUAGAAUUUCUUAAAUACGAAGGGUAUCUGAUGUUAGGAAUAUUUUUUUGUAGCACGGUUUCUCGUAAUAAAGUUGUCUCUUUGAAACUGUCGAAGAGCUGGGUAGAUGGAUUUUUUUUUUCGUCUCGCACUAUUGAUUGCCAAAUUAAGUGGUCUUUUUCUUUAUCGUUGUUUUAUCCCUGCCUUUUUAUCCGGUUGACUCUUACUUGACAAAGAUUUCUUUCCGAAAUUGUGAUUGAAUUUCCUACAAUCGGAAAUCGCUCAGCUGACGUGUAAUCUACGUGGUUUCGUACUCAAGAUAAGAUGAGGCGAUCAAGAUUGUGGGUAACAACGUAGAACAAAGGAAAGACAUCAUGUUCGUCGUGUCUAGAAGAAAUGGAAGAAGGAAAUGCCCUUGAACAAUUGAACAACGAUUCUCGGAAAUGCCAAUACAAGAAUCGAACUUCCAUUUCAUUAACCUGAUCAAUUUAUGUUCUGCUCUGGUGUGAUGUGAUUGUAUAGGAGUGCUUCAAGUUGUAAUGAACACAUACACAACACUGCCAGCACUGCCUAAUAGCCUUUUUUGCUAUUUAUUCUUAACUAUCAGUUGCGUUGUUAGCUUGUCAUUUUCUGUGGGUGUGUCGUCCCGUAAGCUAAAAGGGAAAAUGUGAGUCCACUUACAUUUCCUAAUACAGAAAACCCUUGCCUUGGCUCGGUAGCGUGUUCGGUUUUUAAUUUCCUUUCCUUUCGGCACGUUGGGAAAUAGCGACUGUAGACGUCUCUAAAGGGAUUAUCAUCUAGCACAUUUUAUCCAGGACUCCAGAUCAGAGGCACCUAACACUACUUAUCAAUUUGCAAAGAUCACGAACGGGACCUUUUAAUUUAAUUCGCAGAAAAAAAAAAAAAAAGAUUUUUGUCUCAUUAUCUGGCACUGGUUUGAAGGUUAAAAUUAAAGAUGGUCUGUAGCCUUUUUUAACAAAAUAAUAUCAAAUAAAACAUCGCUUUGUUUCAGUUUGAGCUGUUCAGGGGGGCAUCUAAACAUUCUUAUUUCUUUAAACCUGUUAACGCCCGUUUGACGAAAAGAGGGCUGACUGCAAGAGCAGAUUUGAGCUUCUCUGCGAAGGGAUGAGUAUUAGCUAUGUCUUGGUGGUGAAAUAAGGAGCAAAUCUGUCGAGAUAGCGAUCUACAGUUUUGUCGCGAACUAAAACAGCCCCACGAACAACUUGUGGAUAAAUCUGUGUGAUAAAUCUGUGUGAUAUCAAUGCCAAAACAAACAGCAUUCAUCCCAUCCCGUUUGCGGAGAGUUUUUAUUUGCUUGCGUUCCAUAAACAGUCCCAUUGAAGCUGUGAAAUCUGGUUUGUGUGCGUAGUAUUUGUGUCAAGAAACUUGACGUUCGUUUUCUAGUUCGUUUGUCGGAAACUUGAACGAUUUCCGAACUUUUGAGCUUCUGUUUGUUGUGAGUUGUGGAAUUGUGAUUGUCACGGACGCUUUCUGUCACAAUUGUUCCUGUGAGUGUUCAUUUAUUAUUGAUGUUACGAAUAAAGAUGAUAAGAUAAAGAUUACAUAAGGCAUGGACUGGGCGUUUGGCAUAGACUGGGCGGUGUAUUGAAUUCUCUGUCAGAGAGGUACUCAGUAAAGUUGAUUUAUUUUCCUUCGCGACAGAGUACACAAGUAAAAUUAGUCGUGCGCGGUCGCGCGUGCUCGACAAUUUUGCAAGUGGAAUGAGUUAUUCUUGACGUUGAUCGAUGAAAGACGCUCAAAGUUGCACAACGCAUAGCUCUGUAAACUUCCGUUCCUGUGGCUUAAGAUCGGAAGUGUGCUGCCUCGUGGGUAGGGAUCGUCGCCUUUUCGAGGCUUUCCAGUCACGACUGGGGCAAACUGCCUCUCGCCAGCGCGGCUCUCGAGGAAUUUGUUCGGCAAAUAUUGGGCAACACACGCAAAUCGAUAAGUUCACAAAGCUGUUUUGUCAUUUCCUCAGAGACACUUUAUUAACAAUUUCCUGUUUAUCUCGUGUUGUUUUGGCUGUUUACUUUUGGGUUCGACGUUGGGAAAAAGGAAAGAGAGGUUUAAAAAUUUCUCACUAUCGCUUCCUAAAUCAAUCGGCAACGCCCUGGAGUGUUUGUCAAUGAGUUGCGCGCCCCAAUAGAAAAUGACUUCAUCGCUUGAGGUGCAAUGGUCGACAAGAGACAGGCAUGUCACGCCACUUAAUAGUUCGGAACAGCGGUUAAUAAAUGCCAUGUGCUUUUCUGGCAGCAAUCCAAUUGUUUCACUGUCUAGUCCAGGUCAAGGCUAUGAAGCAAUUUCACUCGCGGAUGAUUGAGUUCAACGUAAUCCACACCCCCAGCGGAUGUUGGAAAUCGGUGGAGGGUUUCACUUCGAAAUCGCUCCAAAUCUCGCGCAUUCCUUCACAUGGAGUUGUCUCUCCACAGAGUUUUCUGAGCUCGCAGCAGUUCGCGAAAGGGAUGAAUUUGAAUGACAAUUGAUCAAUUAAAUAAACCGUUUUAAGUGUUUUCUCUCGCCAUAGAACCAACAAUGCCAUUGGCCCAAAAGUGUGAAUGUAUCAUGCCUAUUGUUUUCCACCAAUCAGCGCUUGUUUGUAGGAGAUCGUUAUCCACCCAGCGCGUGCUGUGAUUGGUUGAGUGCGCCUUUCUUGACACAUUAGCUUGUUUUGAUCGCGAGACACGUGUGUACGGUUCUUCCGCGAAGGGUGACUGACGCAUAAACGCUUGGCUAUUGUUAUGAACAGAAUUUUGGCGCGUAGAAAUUGACUGGUACCAACUAUAUAUACCACAAGACAGGCUAAGAGGAAGUUUGUAAUCGCUUGCGCGAAGGCCGAGUUCUUGGUCCCGGAAAGUGAAAAUUCGUAUGGAAGACUGUAGAUUUGGCAGGAAUGUUUUGAAGUGGAAAAGUUGUAUACUAGCUACACUUACACGUGGUUUCAUCUCCAUUAAGAAAUAUGGAGAGUUCACGACAAGAUGAACACAACUCGCGCACACCAUGGAUUUGGUCUUGUGGAAAAUGUGGUCUUACUGCAACGAACUUACUGCUGUGCUUUUCAUUUUUGUUAAAUAUUGUAUUGGUUGUACUCUUUUCGGUUGUAUUUAUUCAACUGGAGAACGUUAAAACGCGCUUAGAGAAACUUGAAUCGCCUUCCAUUGCGAGCGAGGGACCAAGUAAACUGCCUCUGCGAGGGAACUCCAGUAGGCUUACACCGAUUCCCGUUCUCACCACAAACGCUACAGCUCCACCGAACUUAAUUAAGAGCAUUCCUAUACACGUUUCGCGGAGAAGUACUUCACAACUGGAUCCUACCAGACCCUCGACAACACAUACUAAACCACAUAAUAAAGUGGACAGAGCGACUCGGGAAUAUGUCAAGAAACAGAUCAAACGGGAGCUUUUAGGUCGUGGGAGAGGGGCCGCACUUUGUUCGUCAAUCUGUUCAGGGUUGAAGGGAGAACAAGGGUUGAAGGGUGAACAAGGUAUGACGGGAGAAAGAGGGAGAAAAGGCGCCACUGGUGAUCCUGGUCCGCCAGGUCCUCAAGGUCCCCCUGGCAUCAAUGGAAUGCAAGGGCAUCAAGGAUUACCAGGUAAUCCUGGUCAGAAAGGAGAGCCAGGAGAUAAAGGCGAUACAGGCGUGGGACUGCAGGGAGAAACAGGUCCCCCUGGGCCUCCAGGGAAAAGAGGUCCAGAAGGUAAAAAAGGAGACCCGGGAAUACCGGGAAAGAAGGGUGAACAAGGACCUCCUGGGGAAAAAGGCGAUACAGGCUCGCUAGAAUCAUCACAGAGGCCAUCUGCACACCUCACAGGGCAUACACGGAACACCCAAAACUCUCCAAGAUCAGGAAUUCUCAGGCACUGGGAAGACAACCUGGGAUUUGCGCACUCAACAGGUGGCAUGCAAUAUGAGAAUGGAGAACUCAUCAUCCCACGUGCUGGAAGAUACUAUGUCUACAGCCAAUUGUACUUUCAAGUAGAAGAUGACAGAGCUCAUUUGAUUCACUUUGUACAUCUAAAUAGAACUGGUGAUCAGCAGGUUAUCAUGCGAUCUGUGACAUCAAGAUGUCGCGCCAAGAAAUCAAAGACGUACCUCUAUAGCAGCUAUCAAGGUGCUGUUUUUGAGCUGCGCAAUGGUGACCACAUCCUAGUGGGAGUGUCAGAAGAUAACACCCAGUCAAUAUCAACGGGUGAGUCGGCAAGCUUCUUCGGAGCCUUCUUGGUAAAUUAGUUUUACAAAAGUAGGAAUAAUAAUUAUAUCAUGUAGCAAUCAAUAAAUUAUGCACCGUUCACAUUCACUGUGGAGUAAACUGUCCAAAGUCCAGAGGUGUGGAAGUAAUAAGCUGCAGUGAGUAAAUAGAUGUCUUUGUGCACACAAUUUUUCUUCAGAGCAAGGGAUGGCUAAGGUGUGACCCAGAAAUGUACACACUGGUCAAUUGCGCAGCUAUUUAGGGAAAUUCAUAUAGAUUUGCAGAGGCACUACUUUGAUCUAUGAGGAUCUCAUAAUCUGUAUGAAAUUUAAACCUCAAUUCACAGACGUUCCUUGAGUAUAGGAAGAACAUGCAGCUCAAGUAGUGUCUGUUACCCCUGGCUUCAUUGAGCUGCACUCCCACUAGCACCCUGCACUAAUAUACUAACCAACAAGCACAUUACCAACCAUUUUGGGUUGUAAGUAAACCAUAAUAUAUCCAAACUGGAAGUAAUAUCUGGGUUAAACUGGUAAACAGUUGUUAUGUAUAUUUUAAACGUGGUCCACUGCAUCAGUAACGUUUCAGUUUAGCUUUGUGGUUGCAGAAUUUCUUUAGGUCCAAAAAUUAAUUAAAUGUGCUCUGAAUCCAGUUUGUUUUCUUCUUAUGUUAUGUUUGGGCACUUAACCGUGGACUGUUCGUAUUACUUUUAGUUGCCUUGAAUCUAUUUACAGAGUCAAACAAGGUGUUCUUUUUAUGGGAACUCUGUACUGUUGUAAUGCAAUUUUCCAACAUUGAUGGGCAGUUUGGUAUGCAGCUACCUUCAAAUUUGAAUUCAAAUAUCCUCAACAAAGUAGCUCCAUUUGACUUUUGACAAGUUUUCUUUCCAAUAGCAAUACCUCUGUGUCAAAGAAGGAGAAAGCAGUUGUGCAAUAGUUGAUGUUUUAUUAAGAGAUUGAGAGAGAAAAAAGAGCAGGUUAAAUUGAAAUUGCCAAAGUGAAAAUCAUGGUUAAAAAGUUCAAAUUUGUUCCCAAAGUUGUAGCUGUAGUUUGAAGAGCAGUUAACAGUUGGGUGAUUUGAACAAUCAAAUCCUAAUUAUAUUGAAUUGUCAAUCAAUAUUCAAACCUUACUCAGCAGCAUUGAGAGUUCUGUCAAAAAGACAUCUCAUUUGACUGUAAAAUUUCCCAGACCUUAAGCAGACGUGUUUAUACAGUAGUGUUCUCUUGAAUCCAUAUGCAAGUAUUUGAGACUUCAUAAUCAUAUUUGCAAUGAAAAAAUCACUGCAUUGGCAUUUUGCAGUAGAUGCUGUAAUUUAGAGCAUCGCCAACUUUAAGACAGUGGCAGGCAUUACUAGGAACCAAUCGCAUCUCUUCAGAAGAAAGGCAAAAUUGUAUCUGCCUUGUGUAGUUAUGGGACCUGCGGAACAAGCCGUAACAUUAUGAUACUAUCCGUUUGUGAUCAAACAAUUGUGAUUUGCAGUCACUGUGGAGUCCAGUGAGUAGAUUCUUGCAGUGGUUGUUUCAAACUCAUUGCUAAUCUGUCAGUAACAAUUGUAAUUUGUUUGAGGAACCAGAGACUAAAUAGUGGAACUUUACUUGAUGCAGUGUUGAUCAGUGUUAAUUUUGCCACUUUUGUGACACCAUUGUUGCCUCUAUCAAGGGGUAGAUGUGUUGAUUAUCAAGUAAUCUUAAUUUUAUUAACCCUCAUUAACAGGCUAACAUUCACCGCACAAAGUAGACAUUGAUCAUUAAGCUUUGCAUGCUUGUCAAACAGGCUAAUUACUGCAUAAUUUUGAAAUUAAAGGUAGGUUUAAUAGCUUGGAAUCAUGCUGCAAACAGUAAACAACUCUGAAUGACCACCUCUACAUAUAGUUAGAAUCCAAAUGGUUAUUUUUUUGAGGUUAUCAAGUCUUCCUGUUUAUACCGUUUAAGCAGUCUCAGAAUCACAUAUCAGAAGUAAAAAUUAUGACAAAAAAAUGUGACGUUUUAUAUUUAUUUUUUGACCAAAUACAAAACUGAUAGACUGACUUGAGUCGCCAAAACUAACAUUUGAUUAUGUAUCCAAAGAAGACUCUGCCUUGACUAUUCUCCGGAAUCAAAGUCUUAAGAUGCAAUUCCAUGUGUACCUCGCAUUACAAGUGGACAAUUUUAAAAUGUAGAAAUCUAAGGAUACCACAAACUGGUGAAUAAAUAAGUGUUGCCAUGUGAUGUCUAACAUACAGUUUGUAUAAGUAAUCAGAUGAUUCCGAGUGCAAUUUGGAAACUAGCUCAAGUAAAUACUGUUAAGAUUAACAAUCAUUGCACAAGUCCAUGGGGCAAGUGCAAUUUGUAGUCUGUAAAACAUUUAUGAGAGCUUAUUCAUUUCAAAUUACAUAAAGAUAUCAUUUCAUUACUCGUUAAUAAUAUACAUGCAAUUUUAUUUCAACUUUCUGCAGUAUCACAUUUUUUCAUGUAUAUCAUUAACCAGCAAAUUGCACAAAUUUCAAUUGUAUGUAUCGACGUUAAUUUGUGCUUUUCCCCUUCUUAUGCAAAACAAUUGUCAGUUCAUUAAGACUAUUUUAUUUGCUGUGUGUAUGAUUAACUUCCUCCAUUUAACUCUACUGACUAUAUUACCUUCUUGUGGUUAUUUUAUUUUUGUGUUGUAAUUUAUUUGCUGUAAAAUUGCUUGCUAGCUAGCUAGUUAUAUCAUUUAGUAUGACCUCAAAACAUACCGCGACACAAUCGAGAAUAUUAUUGGUCAGUCACACUAGAAAAUAGACCAUUACUUAGUUAAUCGCAUUUUGUGUGGAUUCUUGUAACAGAGCACAAUCACAGCCAAAUAACCAUACUGAAAGUACAAUGAAAAAACAGUUCUUUCUCAUAAAAUUGGACAAGUUGGGAUUAAGAGCAUACUUAGUUUAUUAGCAAAGGGUACCAUACUCAACUUACGUUCAAUAAUUUUUAUUAUAAUCUAUUUUUGGCCUAGAUGUGGCAAGCCAGUUGAUAUUUUUAGAAAGUUUGAAAAAAUGCUGGUGUAUUGCCAACGUGUUUCUUAUUGAAAAAUUUUUUUUGUAUCAUUUAUACUUUCAUAACGACUGCAUUCUGUGAAACAUGCAUUAGGGAACUUCUAGUUAUGCCGCUUUGUUUGGUGAGUAGCUACUAAUCUUAAAACAUGGUAAAGGGCUCCGUUAGUCAUGAUAAUUGUAGUGUAAAAUUUUUAAAUUAAGGAAAGCCUCAAUAUUUCCAAAUGAGAUAUUAGAGUACUCGCAACUAACUGCUGCAGCUUACAGAGUGCCGAGGCAUCAUUGAGGGUAUUCUUUUUAGUUAAACCCAAUGGGUGUUAAAAUUACAAGUAAUUAUAACCAGAUUUAACAUAGGAAUUAUCUAUGUAUGGCAGAGUCCGUUUAGAACGUAAACAUAUCAGCUUGCUGUAGCGUAGGAGAAUUCAGUGGUUUUAAUGAUUCCAUCUGCUGUUAAUAUGCGUAACAGAGGUUUUCCGUGGAGAUUGAUCAGAAGUAGUUUUAAGAGUUGUGUCAGGAGGCUAUUCAGUAUAUAUGAACGUGUAGAUAGUAAUUUUCCUUGCAUCUUAUUACGGAUCCUGAACGUGACACCAAAUUUCUAGUAGCCCCUCUCUCCCUCUCUCUUUUCCACCAGCUCCUAACCUUUGAUCAAGGUAGAGAUAAACAUUGGAGGUGUAAAACCGGGAGAUGAGAUCAGAGGGUGUUUUUUUUUUUACCUUCCAACUCAAAUACGUUUUCCGAUUGGAGGAGAACGUGUCACGUGUCAUGGGUCAAAACUCACUAUCUCACUAGGGCGAAAAAACUUGAUCUUGAACUUUCGAUUCGUACGUGGUCAAGUCGUGCACCUUGAAACCUUGCGUCAAGCAAGUAAUUUUUUCGCAGUUUGUGCUAUUUUUGAGUUGGGAGGUAUAACAAAACACUAAAUGACUGGCCUUGACCCUCAAUGUUCCCCUCGGCUUCCCCUCAGGGAACAUUUAGGAUCUCAGGGAAAUAAAAGUCACUGUUUCCCUACGGGCCAGUCUUUAGAAGAUAGAGGGACAGUUUCGUGUCACUGUUUACGUGAAAGGGGGCUGUCGUUCUCCCUCCAUGUAGACAACUGGUAUUAUAUCUAGUAAUCUGUUCCGAGAUUAAUUUGAAGUAGGGCACCUGGGUGGUGUUUAUCCAUACAUAUCCACUCAGAUCUCAGCAAUGUUUUUAUACAAUUUUCAACAGUUAAAUGCAUUAGACCCAUUGGGAUGUAAUCAGAUUUGUCUAGUCAUUUUUUUUAAAAUAUACAUUCCUUUGUAAAUUAUUUACAUUUAGAGUGGGAAUUUUGUACAAUAUUUUUGUAUCUUCAAUGUUGCGCAUAUUUUUGUACAGUAACUUCAUAUUUCCAAGAUACUGGUUUCUUUGUCUAGAGAGUUGUCUGUGAAGGUAGCUUUGUCUCUAGACAAAGUUAUGGCAACUCCAUACAAAGCAAUAUCAGUGGAUAGUUCUUGGGAAAAAUAAGUGCUUUUAAUACUUAAAAGCUUCAUAUUCUGCUCUGUAUUUUUUAUGACGAGAUAUUGUCCCCACAGGCUCAAAAGAAGUUGUUUUUGCUGAACCAAAUGAAAGCUAUUUUUUUACUACCAAUACCACUCCUUACAGUACCAAAAUGCAGAAUUUAUUUUCCAAAAUAUCGAAAAAUGUACAGUAAGACUUCGGUAAUGCGCGAUAGGAUCUACUGUGAAUCGACCAUAUUCGUAUGCUCGGUAUUAGACUGGAACUAGUGUGCAAUAGAGGCUCAUGCGGGGGGAUAUUAAAAAGAGAUUAAUGUCAUUCGCAUUUUCCAGCAUUAGCCUCAGUUUCAAGCUAGUUCCAGUCCAAUACCGAGAAUACGACACGAGCGUAGGUUUCAUUCCCCUCGCUCAGAGGUUCUUUUGCAUUACAUUUUUUUGUUAUUUACUAGUAGUAAAAACAAUUGUGUUUUGUUGAGUUUCCCAAGUCGACUCUCAAGUGUAUUUUGCGCCUGUGGUCGUUACUCUUCUCACAUCUUCCUUUCUUGAUGAUUGGAAGCAGGUACAGAGCAGAAGAGCCAGCUUGAACGUGUCUAGUCGGUUUAGAAGGAAAAUAUUUAGGCUCGGGUAGUCUUGUAAUAAAAGCUGGUAAUAAAAUGUUGUAUUUUUAUGA